GGAGAGUUAGUCCGCUUCAGUCGGUUAGGAGAAGCGUACGGAACCGGUAUAUUGGUACGGCAGAAGCAACGAGCUCGAUCCGCUAUUCCUUUACAAGAAGAUAAUCCGUACAAUGUCGGCCAGUCAGUACUACCACGUGCAGUGCACGCCAACGGUGUACCCUGCUGAUCCAUUCAACGCAGAGGAAGAUGCAACCAUUCUGCGAACCGCCAUGAAAGGUUUCGGCACCGAUGAACAGGCGAUCAUCGACGUCCUUGCCCAUCGCGGUAUCGUGCAGCGACUCGAGAUAGCCGAUAAAUUCAAAACGAUGUACGGAAAGGAUCUGAUCUCGGAACUGAAGUCCGAACUCGGAGGGAACUUCGAGAAGGCUAUUUUGGCGCUGAUGACGCCACUGCCAGAGUUUUACGCUAAAGAACUUCACAACGCGAUUUCUGGGAUGGGCACGGACGAAGGUGCUCUGAUCGAGGUGUUGGCCUCCCUUAGCAAUUAUGGUAUUAAGACCAUAUCCGCUGUCUACAAGGAUCUGUACGGAAACGAAUUAGAAGAUGACCUGAAAAGCGACACAUCCGGUUACUUCAAGAGACUACUGGUUUCUCUGUCGUGUGCCAGCAGAAACGAAGAUCCGGACGUCGAUACAGAGGCAGCAAUGCAGGACGCUCAAAGGCUGCUUGAAGCUGGCGAGGGCCAGUGGGGAACUGACGAAAGUACAUUCAACGCUAUUCUUAUUACCAAAUCUUACCCGCAACUGCGAAAGAUUUUCAGUGAAUACGAACGUCUCGCCGGAAACAAUCUGGAAGACGCAAUCAAGAGAGAAUUCUCAGGCGCCAUCGAAGACGGCUACCUUGCAGUCGUGAAAUGUGCGCGUGAUAAGACUGGAUAUUUUGCAGAGCGACUAUACAAAGCAAUGAAAGGACUCGGAACUGACGACACGACAUUGAUACGUGUAGUCAUAGCUCGUUCAGAAAUUGAUUUAGGAGAUAUCAAAGACACCUACCAAAGAAUGUACGGACAGUCGCUCGCAGGCGACAUCGACGACGACUGCUCAGGAGACUACAAGAGACUCUUGCUUACCAUACUCGGAUGAAAGCAUUUCAUGUACAACAGCACCCUUUUGUUUUGCAUCACACACUUUAAUGUAUCAGGGAUAAUUCUUCGCGAUAGUUCCGCGAAGCUUUGUAGAUGCUUAAGUUAAUUCCGUUCUUUUAGUUCGAUUCGACGAUCGGUGGUGAUUAUGGUGUUGCGUGGUUUCCUUUUGUUAAUACUUCUGUUAUAAAUGAUUUCUACCGCGGAAGCGCUUCAUUCACAUAGAUACAAACUACAUGAUUUAGUCUCCGUGAGACCGACCAAAUAAAUUAUAUUAAUAGUUGCCCUUAUUGUUAUUAAAAUUCAUUUGUUAAUUGUAUUCCCGUGUCAUUGCCGAACUAAUUCUACUAAUUAACCCAAUCAGCUACACGUGAGAUAAAAAGUUGACCCCAAGCGAUGUUUUAAAUUAAUUUCGACGGAUUCUUUGGCUUUUCUUUUCCUUUUUUAUAGUAUUACUCGAAACGAACGGUAUGCUCUUCUCGUCUAAUGAUUAAUAUAAAAGUUUAUUAGAGAACAUACUUGGGGAUACGUAUACGUCUCACGUGUGAUUGGCCGUUUAAAAUGUCGUGACCCUCACGAUUAAGAAUCGCUUUAACAGUCUGUGUGCAUGUAUCCUGACACAAAUACAGUAUUAUAUCAUUUUGUACAGCAUUAA